AUGAGUUGGUUCCUCCUUCUACUGACUUUACUGCUCGGUCUGUCCGCGGCCUCGAUCAACUUCACUACCGUUUUUGAAUGGACGUCUUUUGACUUUGUGUGGCCCUCAGAAGAUUUUAAGAAAGAAGCUGAGAGAAAUGGAAACUACAAUCGCGACAAAAUUUUACCAAACGAGCAUGUCAUUUACGGGGAGAGGGUGUUCAUCAGCUUGUAUAAUACGAGCAAACACCCCAGCCCUUUUACCCUGACCUGGCUGCCAUUGACUGAAUCUUCAAAGGCUCCAAAACUGAAACCCUUUCCUUCAUGGAUAUAUCAUGAAAAAGGAAACUGCAGGACCAUGCAGCAAAUCACGGGCAUGGUGGUUGACGUUUGUGGUCGACUUUGGGCCGUUGAUAACGGAAAUUCGAUUUGUCCAGCUAAGCUCUGGAUCUUUGACCUAACGGAAGGCGAUUCGGUCAGCCUGGUCCAUCAAUUCACCAAUGAUACCGUCAAUCAUGCUUAUAAAUACCGGAAUCUGAAGUCCCUGGUCCUUGACGAGAAACCGAUCGACACUUUAGCGUACAUUCCUGACUAUACGUCGAAAAAAAUAAUCGUGUUUAGCCUGAAGAAGAAUGUAUCGUGGGCUAUCGAAAUUAAGGGUAUCAACAUUAGUUCAAUUGCCCUUUCGCCAAUAAAGGGCAAGCAAUUGAUCUACCUGGGAUCUUGGAAAGAAUCCAAAUUAUUUUCUGUUCCUCUUUCGGAUUUAAGGAGAGGAAGAAGUAGUACUUCUUUGACCCCUUCUCAGGUUAUUAGCAAUAAGACAGCCAGAUCCUUUAGAAUGCUCAUGGACAACAAAGGAAAAUUGUAUUUUGACCUCGAAUCGUUGAACUACGUCGGCUCUUGGGACACCACUGCUCCCUUCAAGGAGGAAAUAUUCUACAAGGAUGAGCGACCGACUAUUCAUUCUUUUUACCGCUUCAAGUUCAGUUUCGCCUUUGACGCGUGCAAUAAUCUUUGGAUACUGACCAGAAGGUUGAAUGAAUCGACACGGUGCGGAAGGAAUCCCCCGAGCUACCCGAGUUAUCUCACACAAAAAUACGAACUGACCACUGUCAAGCCUACAAGGAGGCCACAAACUUCUACAACUGUCAAAGUGUUAAUUCAAUCAACGGCCGUUCAAGUUAUUCCGACUGAAAAACCGCAACCUAAGGAAGAAACGCCUUCCUUGUUGUGGGGCCUUUUUGACGUAGAUCCCAUCGAAAAAUCUCACUUGAUCCUCGCUUUGAUCUGCUUCAUCCUUCUCAAUCUGAUUUUCUUUUACAUUAUUCUGUGGUUGGCACUCUGGGUGAAAGGACUGAAGAAAACGAUCAACCGGACCAAGAAGGACAACCAGGAAAUGUCUGGUUUUCCUUCGGAGCCCGCAACCUCGUAUUACGAAGUCCAGCACGAGCAGUUGGACGAGGAUAUUUACGACGACGUCGGCCCCUCAAUCGCCACCGCGUCACGCUUCUGA